UCACGUCAGUCAGUGUGUAUUGAGGUCUGAGUGGAGGGGAAUAAUUUGAAACACAUCUCUCAGUUCAGGGAAAUAGGAUGCUGCUGGUGUUGUGGACAUCUGAACUUUUUUCCUCAUCGCCUUGCUGAAGUUGGAAAUACUUAUUAACGGAUGUUUUUUUCUCUUCUAUGGCAUGCAUUUUUAUUUGUGUGUGUGAGUUUGUAGUGGUGUGAGAGUAGAUGUGGGCUACAAUGUGCCGUGGAUAGACAAUGCGCUCUUCAGGAUGGGCGCAAAUAACGGCAAACAGUGCGGGAGCGAAGGUAAAGGAAGCUCUAGCAUUUCCUCCGACGUGAGCUCCGGCACAGAUCAUACACCCACCAAAGCUCCCAGGAAUGUAACUGCCAGUGAAGACUCAGACCUGAGCAUGAGGACACAUAGCACCCCGAGUCCUGCUCUCAUCCUGAACUUGAUUCCUUCUCAUAUUUCUCCUCAAUCUCAUCCCAAUGGCCAUGAGUCUCAAUCUUCAUCCCCAUCUCCAUCUCCGACCAUUCCUAGAGAAACUGUCGCUAUCAUUCAUGCUCCUCCAGGAAGCUGCAAAAAAGCCUCCAAAUCUCACUCCACCACACUCGCUGAAUUUCUUCCAGACCCGGUCAUGUUGCAGAUCUUCUCUCACCUCUCCACUCCACAGCUUUGUCGCUGUUCCCGAGUGUGUCGGCGCUGGUACAGCCUGGCCUGGGACCCGCGUCUUUGGAGAACCAUUCUACUGAGCGGAGAGUUGCUCCAUGCCGACAGAGCUAAGGUCCUCACUCAGCGCUUGUGCCAGGACACCCCUAAUGUCUGUCUCACCCUGGAGACAGUGGUGGCAAGCAGAUGCCCAAGGCUGUCUGAUCGUGGCCUCCGUGUGCUGGCUCAGUGCUGCCCUGAGUUACGACAACUUGAGGUUGCAGGUUGUUAUAACAUUUCUAAUGAGGCGGUAUUUGACGUCGUGUCCCGCUGUCCAAACCUUGAGCACCUGGAUGUCUCAGGCUGCCCUAAAGUAACAUGUAUAAGUCUGACUCAGGAGAGUUCAUUGCCUCUCUCUCCUCUCCAUGGACAGCAGAUCGGCCUGCGUUAUCUGGACAUGACAGACUGCACGUCUCUGGAGGAUGAAGGUUUGCGGGCCAUCGCACUUCACUGCCCGCUCCUCACCCAUCUCUAUCUGCGGCGCUGCACCCGGCUGACGGACGAAGCCGUACGUCAGCUGACUCUUCAUUGCCCUGCUCUGCGCCAGCUCAGUCUGAGUGAUUGCCAUUUACUGGGCGACUUCGGCUUGCGUGAAGUGGCGCGCAUGGAGGGUCAGCUACGCCAUCUGAGCGUGGCACACUGUAGCCGUGUCACUGACGUAGGCCUGCGCUAUGUGGCACGUUACUCUCCACGUCUGCGCUACCUGAAUGCUCGGGGCUGUGAAGGAAUCACGGAUCAGGGCCUGAGCCACCUUGCCCGUAGCUGUCCCAAGCUGCGGGCGCUGGAUGUGGGCCGAUGCCCAUUGGUGUCAGACCAGGGACUUGAAAUGUUGGCACGUUGUUGUGCCGGACUCAGAAGGCUCAGUUUAAAAGGAUGUGAGAGUGUAACUGGCAGAGGGUUGAAAGCAUUAGCUACAGGAUGUUCUGAACUACAGAUGCUUAAUGUACAGGAGUGUGAGGUGCCCGCAGAGGCGCUUAGGCUAAUACGAUGCCACCGCAGGCGCUGUGUGAUUGAACACACCAACCCGGCUUUUUACUGAGAACACCGGGAGUCUUCUGACAAGCGGUUUAUUCACUGCAGCUUUAUGACUGAUUGCUGUCGGGUGUGUGUGAGGCUUAAGAUGACAAGGUGUGCAAUAUGUCUGUAAAAGUAAUUACCCUGCCACUACAUGAUGUGUGUAAUAGUAUUUAUCAGAUUAAAAAUGUUACUGGUAUUUCUAUCUAAUGCCUAUUAUGGUUUUGAAACGUAUGUCUCCAAAAGCCUUAAAUGAAAUCUCGAAGGUCCCAAGGUACUUUGCUUUAUUUUAAUCUAAAACACGUGUUUUAAUGUUUCUGAAAUGAUGUCCGUACUUAUUUUAUGGCAUUUGUAUGAUACUGUUUUAUGUGGAUAUUUGCACUUUAAAAUGUAUAUAUAAUGAUAGCUAGCAUUGUAUUAAAUAUAUCUUUUUAUCGUAGUUGCCCAUAUCAUUGGCCAAUGCAUGGUCAUUUUGGAACCUGUUUUGUCCCUUAGUAUCAAAUGAGCUAAAUCACUUUUGUGCUUUUAAAAGUGAUAAUGAUGUGUUAGAAACCUUUGUUCUGAUUAGCUGACAUUUUCAUGCCCUCAAUCUGAGACAUGUGAAAUAGCCAUUUAAUAAAAGCUCAAAAUAUUAUUUGUUAAACAACAUAAGAAUAAGAUGGCCUGUUUAUCCAUCUUUAGAUUCAACAGCUUUUUCAAAGUUGUGAAAAACUUAAAGAUACCUUGAGAUACAAAGAAAAUAUUUUAAUAUAGUCUAUAAAUAUUAACUACAAAUUAAAAUGAGACUUCGGCAGUCCAGAUUAAAGUGCCUACUAUUUAAAAAAAAAAAAAAUCAUAUUUAUGGCAUUUGGGGGAAACCCUUAUCCAGACCUUGCUCAAGGGCCCAGGACUGGCAGGUAUUUAAACUCACAAUCUUUGGAUCCAGACUCCAAUGCCGUAACCACUAAGAACCACCCCCAUUAAUAUCCAACACCAGGUUAUGAAAUGCAUUUACACUAGAAAAUAUUUAAAAUAAAUUUCUUUCAACUUAUAAUUUGAAUUUCAUUUUAAAACUGAUGAAAUAGCACAAUCUGAUAAUGCACAGUUGUGUGUUUACUAUAAAGUGGAAUGCAGUUAGAAGUGCCUGAUAAGUGCCGUAAGCAGUAACAUUUGGUUACAUGGUUUCUUGGUCCAAACACAAAACAGAUUAAAAAUAAAACUCACACUAUGUUCCUCAGAAAAAAGUCACACCUUUUUCAUCCUUUAGCAGGCAGGGUAAAGAUAUUUAAUCAACAUUUAGCAAUGUUCACCAACAUCUGCAUGCACUUCUGUUAUAUACUUUAUAUAUUCUGUGUGUAUAUAUAUAUAUAUAUAUAUAUAUAUAUAUAUAUAUAUAUAUAUAUAUAUAUAUAUACAUAUACAUACACAUAUGUAUAUAUCUUCAUGAGUAAAUGUGUUCAUGUUGGAGAUGUCACAUGCUGAAACAGACUGCAGUUUAGUUUUGAUGAAUAAAUAACAAUGUUUACAUGUUACUACAAAUUGAUUAAAAAUAUAUAUAAAACAGCAUGUAACAUCCAGUUUUCUGUAAUAUAUGUCCAUUAAAUGUCCCCAGUCAGUAUGGCAUUCAAACCCCAAUAAUUAUGGCUUGGAGAUCAUUUGUGAUAUUGAUGAGCUGUGCAAAUGAAAUGAAUUAUACAACAAAGUAUUGCUGCUACAAAUAAAGGGCUACUUGUUUUA